AUGCCGCCCAUACCAUCAGCCGUAGGUCCACACCUGCCUCGCAUCAUAACCUACUUCCAAACCACGCACACCCGCGAUGGCAAACCCAUCUCGGUCCUGCCCCUCAUCAGGGAGCCCGGCGUGAGCCUGACGCACGUCAUCGUGGCCGCCAUCCACCUCAACGAGGACCCGGACGCCAUCACGCUCAAUGACCACCACCCGGGCCACGAGCGCUACCAGACCAUGUGGGCAGAGAUGCGCAUCCUCCAGGCGUCCGGGGUCAAGAUCCUCGGCAUGCUGGGAGGGCACGCCCGCGGCUCCUACAAGCGCCUGGAUGCCGACCAGGCCCAGUUCGAGAGGUACUACGCCGCCCUGCACCAGAUGGUCAAGGCUCACGCCCUCGAAGGGCUCGACCUAGACGUCGAGGAGCCCAUGUCGCUUCAGGGCAUAGUGCGCCUGAUCGAUCGCCUCCGCGCCGACUUUGGCCCCGACUUCAUCAUAACCCUGGCCCCCGUGGCCACGGCGCUUCUGGGCGACCACGACCCGCGCCGCAACCUUUCGGGUUUCGGCUACGAGGCCCUGCACGCCUCCAGGGGCCACGAGAUCUCGUGGUACAACACCCAGUUCUACUGCGGGUGGGGCGACUGCAGCAACCCGGUGAUGUACGAGCUCAUCAUGUCCAGGGGCCGCCUCCCCGCCGACAAGGUCGUCGUCGGCCUCGUGACCAACCCGGCAAACGGCAGCGGCUGGGUGCCCUGGGAGAUGCUAGCGUCCGUCCUCCCCAUCCUGGUCAGCCGCCGCGCCGACUUUGGAGGCGUUAUGGGCUGGGAGUACUUCAACAGCUUGCCCGGCGGCGAGGAGAAGCCCUGGGAAUGGGCCAUGUUCAUGACCGCCCUGAUCAGGGGCGACCGGGCCGUCGCGCCUCAGGAGCAGCACGUGCUAGAUUCGGUGGAGAGCGAGGCCCAGAGGGAGAGUGAUGAGAGGGUCAGGCAAAGGGAGCAGGCGGAGAGUCAAAAGGCUGCCGCUACGGUUGUGGAGGCAGACCCAGAUGACUCCAAAGGAGGCGAGGCACCCGUACCGCAUGAGUUUGAGUAUCACUCGGACGGAAGGGAAACGCCGGCAUCUCCUUGA